UGUCCGGCUCCCGUGAGGGCGGCUCUUUAAAUUGCUCCCAAACUCCUCCUGGCUGGCGCCUUUUUCCCUUUAUCUGCACGAGACGGGACGCACGUGCCUUCUACAGGACGCCGUUGGCAUACACUCUUCAACCUGCUGGUCUGGAAAGCUAAGCUAACAUGAGCGACAAGGGGACAGUCUCACCGAAAGAGAAGGAGGCAACGGAGAAGAGGGGGCGUGGAAGACCCCGCAAGCAGCCCCUAGUAAAAACCUCUGAUGAACCAAGUGGGUCCCCUACCCCAAAGAGGCCCAGAGGGCGACCGAAGGGCAGCAAAAACAAAACCACUGGCAAGGGCAAAAAGACAACAGCAGCCCCAUCUGCAGGAGGAAAACGCAGGGGGAGACCUAAGAAGGAGGAGAAGGAAGAAAAGACAUCCCAGGAAUCAUCGGAGGAGGAGGAGGAGGAGGAGGAAGAAGAAGAGGAUCAGUAAUUCCCAACGCAUGCUACCUCAGUCAACCUGACUUACUGUUAACCAGAACUGGGCUGUGUCUGCAACACCAGUGCCACCACAUGACCACUGUUCACGACAGAGCCCUCUUGGCUUAAACGAGGGUUAACAUAAUACAUAUAUCAUGCAGCAGCACUGGAUAGAACGAUGGACCUUUUGCUCAAGCAUAGAUCUAAGAAUUACAUGAAAGGUAACAGCCCUGCUCUCCACAUGUCAUGUCUUACACAGGUCUUUUCUACUGGACAAAGCAAGGAGCCUGAAUGUUUGUUUUCCCCCCAAAAGAUGGUUUGUAGGACACUUAAUGCUUAAUAUUAUUUGUUGUACCCGCAUCUGAGAUGGUAGGGCGUAUAGAGGUUUCUCCCUGUUUUGUACUGGACAACGGUGAAUCUUGCGUGUGUGUGUGUGUGUGUGUGUGUGCUCACGCGUGUGUGCAUUCAUGUGAAGUGGUUAACCUUUCCCUUAGGAUGAGAGAAGGUAACUUAAGGUAGGUUUUUUGGGGGGGUGGCGGUGUUUGGUGUUCCCCCUUCUCUUUGGCUAGCUGGCAUAAAUGAGUUUACCCAAUCUCACCAGCAUCAACAAAUAUUCCACCUUCUAUAGAACCGCUUAAAUUCGCUUUUCAGUCCUCGGUGUGUAGUAGAUAAUGUCAGAAAUCAGACUAGUCUGAUUAGUCGUACUGUUUUGUUCCUUUCAGUAAAUACCAUUUCGUAAAAAAACCCUGUGCUGCUUUUCAUGUAAAAAUAAAACGGAUCUUUUUGUUCGUGGUGUUAAGGAUAGGGUUGGCAGGAUCUUAGACUGAGAGCAUCAGUGUAGUUUCUUCAGGGAGCUUAUACAAAUGCUGUUACAUUGGCGUCUUGUCUUCACACGGUCCUCCGUUUCCAAGCACUCGCUCAGUCACUUGUGAGACAAACUGCAGUUUGUCAAACAAGACGUUUGAUUGUAGUAGUUAAGAGUUGGUGGCACUGCUGUCCAACAGGGCUGUGCAUGUUUCCCCCCUCAUUCCAUCUAGUUCUCACUGCUUCAUCUUCCUCUGUCCUUCUCUCUUUACUUAGUACAGUUGUAUCCCUUUGGUCUUUAAGAUGCUGAAUAAUGUCUUCUACAGGAAAACAAGAUGCAUCAGGGAACCUGCAUUCACAGUCCACUUAACUGGUUUUUUUUUUUUUUUUUUUUCCGUCCACACACCUAAGCUGCUACAACCUCAGUUACGGAACCCGGAAAACUGCAAACAGGCCAUACAGGGCCUGGAAUCAUACCUCAUCAACAGCCUACUUUACCAUAUAUAUAUAUAUACGUUUAACUGGUUUUCUGAUUUGAAAUGGAGGAGUUGGAAAGACGCGAGUACACUACUUUUUAAUCCGACUGUAUUAAAGUAAUGUGUGCUUGUGUGCGAUUGCAACACGUCUUGGCUUGUUCAUAAGAGCUUGCAGACAGGUUGUCUUUUAAAUGUGUGAAGCCAGUCAGGGAGACCUGUCAGCUUGACAACUGUGUUCGCUGACUGUGGUAGAUUAGCAUGUUUUAUCUUAUCAUUUUAAACUUCUUCUGGUGCACUGAAAUGUUGGUUCAAAUUUUUAUGGACAAAUGUACGUUUGUGUGUGUGUGUGUGUGUGUGUAUGUGUGUUUGAUAGACUGUUCUGUUAGCCGCUGUGUGUUGGCCACAGCCACCCUCACCAUACCCAUAAAAUAGACACUUUAUCUUUUUUCCAACAUCCUCCAGCUGCUCUUGACAAUAUUGGUGUCAUUCUCCAUACCAACUUCUUACAUCCAUUGAUUUAUAAACCAUACUCAAUAGGGCGGGAUCAUUCUUUUUAAUGCCGUAUAUAAAUGUACAAUGUCUAUAUUUCUAUGGUGCCCUACAACCAUUUGUAUCAGAAAUGGUGAAUAAAGAGAAUUUUCUGUCGCUUUUGUA